AUGUUUAUGGCUUCUGUUCCAGCUGUUAUUUCUACAAUUUCUACAUUUGUCGAAGUUGAACCAGCAGAAGUGUAUUUGAAGUCUCCGGCAUAUGAAGAAUCCUCAGGACUUAAAAUUGUUUACGAAGUAAGAAACAUCAUUAAUGGACCGGUACUACAAAGCGUUGCGGUGUUUUAA